GGAUAGAGAGGCUAGAGGUGUCAGGUAUGGCAUCAUGGCGGUUGGGCGCGGCUAGGUAGGUCAUGCCUAUGCCAAUUCGUUUAAGUCAGAUCGGUCAAACAUUGUUUCAGAUACGGUCCAGUCCAUCCAUCGGUCAUCCACCUUGGUCCAGGCCAGUAGACACGGCGGCCGAAAUGGCCAUCUUCCGAUUAUCCAUCCUUCCUCAAAAAUUCCUCCUACGCGGGCACCGGCGCCGAUUUUUCAUCCCCACCCACCGCACUACCGCAGCCCCGCCCGCCGCCGGCGCCACCUGCCGCCGGUCAGCACUAUGCUCUGCCUCCGAAAAUGCAUCCUUCCGCAUCUCCUCUCCCUGCGCCAUCCCUCUCCCACAUCCCUCCACCCCCUCAUGUCACUCCACCGCCUCCUCUCCGCCACUGGGAACCCCUUCGCCGCCGAGGAUUACCUCGUCGCCAACUGCGGCCUCUCCAAGGCGCAGGCCGUCAAGGCCUCCAAGAUGAUCUCCCACCUCAAGUCCCCCUCGAAGCCCGACGCCGUCCUUGCCUUCCUAACCGGCCUCGGCCUCUCCCACGCCGACAUCGCCACCGUCGUCUCCAAUGACCCGCUCUUGCUCUGCGCCGACGUCGAGAAGAGCCUGGCACCCCGCAUCGUCGAGCUCAGCGACCUCAGGCUAUCGCGUCCUGAGAUCGCGCGCCUCGUCUUGACCGCCCGAAACCACCUCCGCAGCAGCUCGCUCCGCCGCAAUGUUGACUUCUGGCUCCAGGUUUUUGGCUCCCUUGAUGAGCUCUUGCAUGUCCUCAAGGUCAGCAACGGUCUCCUCGGCAUGGACCACGAGAAGGUGGUCUCCAACCUGGCACUCCUUCAGGGAUGUGGGAUACGUGUUCCUGAAAUUCCCAAAGCAUUCAUGUGUCGGAUGGUCACCGUGAGCACUAAGCACCUGCAGGAAGCUUUGGCACGUGUUGAUGAGUUUGGAAUAGAGCAGAACUCGUCGGUUUUCCCUCAUGCGCUUUCAACAUUUGCAAUCCUCAGCCGCGAGAAGCUCACUAAGAAUAUGCAACUGUUUGAGAAGCUUGGAUGGUCAAGGGAGGAUAUAUCAUUAGCAGUGAGAAAGUUCCCUAAUAUCCUGGGUUCUACUGAGAAAAGAGUUCGAAGAAGUUUGGAGUUCCUGAUGGGGGACGUCGGGUUGGAGAUACCAUACAUUGCACGAAGGCCAGCUUUGAUGUUGUAUAGCAUUGAACGUCGUUUGUUGCCACGGCAUUGCUUGAUGAAUUUUCUCAAGGCAAAGGGGCUGCUGAAUGCUGAGUUUAGCUUCUAUUUUGUUUCCACCAUGGGCAAUGAAAAAUUUCUGCAUAGAUUUGUGCAUCCUUACGAGGAUAGUGUUCCAGGUCUUGCUGCUGCUUUUGCUUCUUGCUGUGCUGGAAAACACCAAUGGGAGCAGCUCUGUGAGACAGACAGAGGAAAAGAGAAGGUGCUGACACCAAAGAUAUGUGGUGAUGCCUCCGUCGUUUACUUCCUGAGUUUGUUGGUUACAGAUGACAGUCGGCUUCUGGAAGUUUUUGCUGCUCUUUCUCCUUUAUUCCUGUACUCUGAACUGUAUCUUUUAAAAUCAGACACUCCAUCCCUGCGGCGCCGCUCUGGCCGCCACCGGCGCAACGCGAUGCUCCAACUCCGGAACCUCCUUUCCCUUAUCCACCCCGCUUCCCCUCUCCCUGUCGCCUGCCUCCCUCCGCUCCUCGCCCUCCACCGCCUCCUCUCCACCGCCGCCGCCGCCCCCUUCGCCGUCGACGACUACCUCGUAUCCACCUGCGGCCUCACCCGGGCGCAAGCGCUCAAGGCGUCCAAGAAGCUCUCCCACCUCAGGUCCCCCUCCAGGCCCGACGCGGUCCUCGCGUUCCUCUCCGCGCAGGGCCUCUCGCGCGCCAACAUAGCCGCCGUCGUCGCCGCUGACCCGAGGCUCCUCUGCGCGGACGUGGAGAACAACCUGGACAAACGCGUCGCCACGCUUCGCGACUUCGGCCUCUCGCGCUCCCAGAUCGCGCGCCUUAUCAUGGUCAGCCGUUUCCGCUCUGGCACCCUACGCCGCAACCUCACCUUCUGGCUCCCGGUCUUGGGCUCCAUCGACAAGCUCCUCCAGGUCGUGAAGCUGAACGUUACCAUCCUCUCGGUCGACCCCGAGAAGGCGUCCAAGCCUAACCUCGCCCUCCUCCAGCAAUGUGGGAUAAAUGUUAGUGAUUUCCCAACAUUCAUGUCCAGAGUGCUCACCAGGCCGCACAAGGUUGUGCAGGAAGCCGUGACGCAGAUCGACAAGAUUGGUGUGCCACGGAGCUCGCGUAUGUUCUACUAUGCGCUCAUGGCAUUUGCGAUCCCAAACGAGAAGAAGCUUGCCAAUAAGUUUGGUAUUCUUGAGAUGUAUGGUUGGUCACAGGAGGAUGUGUUGAUAGCUGUGAGGAAGAUGCCGGGUAUUGUGACCAUGUCGGACGACAGGCUGAGGAGAAAUGUGGAAUUCUUAACACGGAAUGUUGGGCUGGAGACACAUUACAUCGCUCAAAGACCAGUGCUGAUCAAGUACAGCCUUGAGCGCCGCUUGUUACCCCGGCACUGCUUGCUCAAGGUUCUCAAGGCGAAGGGAUUACUGGAUGCUGAGUUGGACUUCUAUUUUGUGGCCAGUCUGACUGAGAAGAAGUUUCAUAACAAGUUCAUUGGUCCUUACGAAGAGAGAGUUCCAGGCCUUGCUCACAUUUACGCUUCUAGCUGUGAUGGGAAGGUACCAAAUUGAGUUUUUAUCUGGCCAACAAAAGAGGUCCUCACAGGGUGCUUAUGCUUGCACUGACAGUACCAAUAGGGCAAUAGAGCUGCUGUGUUGGAACGAAGACUUAAGGUUUGUCAAUGCCUCCCCACCUAGCUCUAUCAUUCUAAUGUUUUAAAAUUUUGCUGUAGGCUGUUCAUUGUCCUCUAUAGCAUCAACACAUUUCCUGGAGGGAACUUGCUUGAUUUGAGAAUUGAGAUGCAACAUGUAUAAGUAUAACUUAGGUUUUCACUAGUAAAUAUUGUGUGUACGGAACAUUUAUUGUUAGAUGUGAACCUGCUCAAGAACACUUGUUUGUGAACUAUAUGUAUUUUUUGCUUGUCAUUA